AUGGGCCUUCUUUUCUCAAGCCUCGAUACCUCGAUUGUAUCAACAUCGCUCUUCACUAUCUCGCACGACCUGAACGACUUCACCAACGCUCCAUGGAUCGUCCUAGCAUAUCUUUUGACGUAUAUGGGAUUCGCCGUUUGUGUGUCCAAAUUGAGUGACAUCUAUGGUCGGCGAAACAUGCUCGUGGUAUCAUGGGUCAUCUUUGUUGGGUUUUCUCAGGGCUGUGGAUCGGCUACAAGUAUGACAGCCUUGAUUGUAUGUCGGGCGUUUCAAGGCAUGGGAGCGUCUGGAUUGUACAGCUUAACACAAAUCGGCCUGGUUGAGGUUGGUCCCUCUCAUAGUCCCAGUCUGAUAGGGGCUUUGAUUGGAGCUACACUCGCAGUCGCUUUUGUCCUAGGUCCUAUCAUUGGCGGUGCAGUCUCCCAGCUAUCAGAUUGGAGAUGGUUAUUCAACAUGAAUGACACUGACAAGGUCAGUAUCCCCUUCGGCCUCAUUGCGAUUCUCACCAUCACGAAUCUUUGGCCACACGAAGAAGUGGCCCACUUCUUCUCAUGGAGAGCCUUUGUCAGUAUCGACUUUCUCGGCAGUGCUACACUUCUUGCCAGUUCUGGAUUUCUCGUAUUUGCCAUUCAGCAGGCUGGCUCUGAGACUUUUGCUUGGGGAAGCCCAGAGAUCAUUUCAGCUUUGGCAAUAUCCGGUGUCAGUUGGUUCGUAUUUGUGUGGUGGGAAGUCAACCUCGAGACCAAGCCUAAGCCAAUGCGCAACAUCGAGCCCAUCUUUCCAAUUCGACUGAUGCUGCGCCGGGUUUACUCUUCCGGACUACUCGUCACUUUAUUCACAGGAUUCCCUUACAUCUCGCUUUCGAUUAUCAUUCCGGAGCGAUUCCAAAUCGUCAGUCGCCAAGAGGUGCUCAUGGCAGGUGUCCAUAUCCUUCCCAUGCUAGGGGCUUGCGCUGUUGGCUCUUUUCUGGGAGGAGCAAUAUCUAGCCGAAGAAACAACACCUCGUUAACACUUGUUGGCGCUUCUUGUCUUCAGCUUCUGGGUGUCGGACUGAUGUCAAUGUUGACCGAACCAGACUCGCACACAAAAUCCCAAUAUGCCUUCCAAGCGAUUUUUGGUCUUGGAGUCGGCCUUUCUUUCUCGACAGCAACCAUAAUGACCAGUAUCCUGGCAGCUGAACGCAGUGAGCUCGCCUCUGCUCAGGGUGCUGUUGCACAGGCUCGCGUCCUGGGAGGUUGCAUUGGACUUUCGAGCUGCACUGUUAUAUUCAAUUCUCACGUUAAUGAGUACCUUAAGAACUACCUGACACCGACACAACUCGACAGUCUUCACCGGUCGCCACUUACAAGCUUACAACUUGCAGGAAGCCUACAAGCACUGGUCAAAGACGUCUACGCCGACGCGUUUGCCGAGGAGAUCAAGAUUAUGAUGCUUGUCUGUUCUGUCAUGGUCAUCAUCUCUCUAUUCUCACUGGAGCGAAACCCUGCGCCACUCGAAAGAUUGACAGCUUUCCCUAAGGAUGACUUCUCUUCCAGAAGAGGUAGCGAAUCUGCCACAGAGAUAACCGAUGUGUCGAGCAUUCGUCGCUCGGUCUGA